ACAGAUUGAUAUUACAAAAAAAAUAACAAUAAUGAAACGCGAAGUCGUUUUAUAUAUUUGAAAAUCUGUUACGGCCGGUUCUUGCCCAAUCUUUCAUCCAUUCUCAUUUCUCUCAUCCAUCUAGAACUCCCUCUGACUUUUUCUUUCUGUUUAUUAUAAAAGUCGCACAAAAUAGAUACACAAAUAAGAAUGAGCACGGAAGCCAGAGAGAGUCAAAGAAAUGGCCACGUUUUUUCCGGUAGGAGGAGUUUUGGUGAUCGCCACCCUUCUGCUACCGGUUUCCGUCGUGCUGGGUGGUUUUCCCGCGAUGAUGACAUUGGAGAGAGCUUUUCCAAUCGAUCACAGAGUCCAUGAACUGAGUCAGCUCAGAGCCCGUGAUAGGAUCAGACAUGGAAGAAUGUUGCAAUCCUCUAAUGGUGGUGGUGUUAUCGAUUUCCCUAUUGGAGGGACCUUCAAUCCUUUCCUUGUCGGGCUUUAUUAUACAACAGUAAAAUUGGGUUCUCCUCCAAGGGAAUUCUACGUGCAGAUUGAUACUGGGAGUGAUGUUUUGUGGGUCGGUUGCAAUUCCUGUAAAGGUUGCCCCCAAUCAAGUGGACUCAAAAUUCAGCUAAAUUCCUUUGAUCCUGGGAGCUCAUCAACAGCUUCAGUGAUUUCUUGUUCAGACAAAAGAUGUAACGCUGGAUAUGAAUCGUCGGAUUCUAGUUGUUCUCCCCAGAACAACCAAUGCAUCUACACAUUCAACUAUGGAGAUGGCAGUGGAUCAUCAGGGUACUAUGUAUCGGAUUUGUUCUAUUUGGAUACCGCUGAUGGCGAUUCUGUGACCUCAAAUUCUUCGGCUUCCAUUGUUUUCGGGUGUAGCACAUCAUUAACUGGGGAGUUGAUGAAACCGGACAGAGCAGUUGAUGGGAUUUUCGGAUUUGGACAGCAGGAAAUGUCUGUCAUAUCACAACUUUCUUCUCAGGGAAUAGCACCAAAAGUCUUUUCUCAUUGCCUGAAAGGAGAUGAUGCUGGUGGUGGUAUACUGGUUCUUGGAGAGAUUGUGGACCCCAACAUAGUUUAUACCCCACUAGUCCCAUCUCAACCUCAUUAUAAUUUAAACCUGGAGAGUAUAACUGUCAGUGGCGAAAAAUUACCCAUUGAUCCAUCAGUUUUUGCAACAUCCGGCAGUCAAGGAACAAUAGUUGAUUCUGGGACAACUUUGGCAUAUCUUGCAGAAGGUGCUUAUAAUUCCCUAAUGGAUGCGAUUUCGAAUGCUGUUUCACAAUAUGCAAAUCCAGUUGUUUCUCAUGGAAUUCAGUGCUACUCAGUCAGCUCCAGUAGCACUAAUAUAUUUCCUCAAGUGAGCUUAAACUUUGCUGGUGGUGCAUCCAUGGUUUUAGGACCUGAGAGCUACCUUAUAGAGCAGGAUUCUGAUGCUGUUUCUACAACAUGGUGCAUUGGCUUUCAGAAAAGCGACACUCAUGAUUUAACAAUACUAGGAGACCUUGUUUUGGUAGACAAAAUAGUAGUCUAUGAUUUGGCUGGUCAGCAGAUCGGAUGGGCUGAUUAUGACUGUUCAAUGUCAGUCAAUGUCUCUACCACUGGAACCAAGUCUGUCAACACCGAUCCUCGAAAAGUUGACAGUUCAUUGCAGAAUGAGGCUCUCAAGCUGACACCUAUCACCAUAAUCUCUUUCCUCAUGCUUAUCUCAAUGCUCAACAGCUUCUGGUAAUUCUGUAGCAAACAAAUUGAAGAUUAGUUUGGCAUACCAUUCUUCAUGUACAUUCAAAUAAUUCUCUUGCCAGUACAUAUUUGUAAUUCAUAUACAAAAUUUUAGAAUAAUUUGAUUCUCUUCUGUUGGUGGUAGGGGUUUGCAGCAUUAUUCUGCUGUUGUUGUUUAAAGAUUGUUUCUUCAUCAUAUAUAUACUUGUAAAAACGCAUAGAUUUAUUGGUUUUGUCAAAAGAUUUAAUUCACACAAAAUUUUCUUUUA